UGGAGAUUAUGUAGAAUCCAGAAUAUGAACUAUUUGACAGGCGUAUCAAGUUGGGGUGGCUUUGUUUCUGUUUGUUUUACCCCCUUACGAUUUUUCCUUUUUUUUCUUCUCAAAUUAUGGUAAAUUUGCAGAUUGCCUUGCUCUGUCUAGCUUUAUAUUUGAAAUCCAUUACAGAACCAUACCAUUUGGGGAAGACUUUUCUGUCUGAUACCUAAUUCCCCACAGCAUCCCCCUGUGCUUUUUCCAACUUGUGUUUGUACACUCCCAGUUAAUGAAGAAACCACUAUUUCUUGUCCUGUGUUACCAAAUACUUCUAUACAGUCAGUCCGCCAUGUCCAAAGGUUCCGCAUCCAUGGAUUCAACCAACUGUGGAUCAGAAAUACCGGGUGGCGGGAUGGUGUUCAGAAAGUUCCAAAAAGCAAAACUUGAAUUUCCCGCAGUCUGGGCAACUAUUUACAUAGCAUUUACAUUGUAUUAGGUAUUAUAAGUAACCUAGAGACGGUUUAAAGUAUACAGAAGGAUGUGUGUACGUUAUAUGAAGAUAUGCCGUUUUAUUUAAGAGACUUGAGCAUCUGCAGAUUUUGGUAUCCACGUGGGUUCUAGAACCAAUCCAGGAUGACUAUAUAUCUGAAGACUGUAAUCCUGCAGCUGUCAGUAUAUUAGCCACUAGCCACAUGUGGCUAUCAAUCACUUAGAAUGUGGCUAGUCCAAAUUGAGAUGUACUGAAAAUGUAAAAUAUACAUUGGAUUUUAAAAGACAGUAUUAAAAAGAAUGUAAGAUAUCUCAGUAAUAUUUUGAAUACUGAGAUGUUAAAAUCAUAUUUUUCAUGUGUUGAGUUAAAGUAUAUUAAAGUUAAUUUCACGUUUUAUUUUUAAUACGUCUACUAGAAGAUUUGAGAUUACAUUAUAUGGCUCACAUUAUACUUCUGUUGCGUAGCACUGCUCUUACUCCUGCCUUCACCCUCAACAGAUAUCUUAACAGAAUGUGCUACUUACUUAUGUACCUUCAAAUGGUGAUAGUAAUUUCAUUUCCAUAGCUCUUUUAAGGUAUUUCAAAAUGUUCUUACAGUAACAUUGUAUUGAACCUCACAGUCAAGCUGAUAGCAUCAGAACUCUAUUUGUAUACAUGCAGAAUGGAGGCUUAGACAGGCUUCUCUGGUUUACAUGCAGUCAAACAAUUGCUUGGUGGUGGAACUGGGAACUUAAUGUUCAUAUGUUCUGAUGCCUGGUCUAAUGAGUAUCCCUUUUAUUGUAGUACCAUUUUAUGGUAAGAAAUGGGAAACGUGUCUAUUUUCUAUUCAUAAUGCUGUUAUCAAUAAGCCACUUUUUAAAAUUCUUUUUAAAGAAUCUGUUUUAGCAAGGAGAUUUUCAAAUAUAGCCUAAGAGACUAGGUUAAUGAAUUUCUGAUGUUACCCAACUUCAGUUUUUAACAAUCUUCAUCCAUCUGUGCCCCCACUGACUUCAUCUCCUCUCCACACGCCCCCCCCCCCGUAUUUUAAAGUAUACAUCAGAUAUCAUUUUAUCCAUAAAUACUUACAAAUGUGUCUAGAAGAUAAAGUCUUUAAUUUGAGGAUUUGUAUAGCCCGGCCUCUUUGGAAGCUUCUAAAAGGUGGUUUCCUAUAUGGAACGUCAAAACCAACUCUGAACAUCUCCACUUGAGUGAAGAUUUGGCACUGCUGAAUUAAUCUACCCCAGGUGGUACACUGGCAGAUGACAUGAUGCGUACAGAUGUCUGUGUGUUCGCAGCACAAGAAGACCUAGAGACCAUGCAAGCAUUUGCUCAGGUUUUUAACAAGUUAAUCAGGCGCUACAAAUACCUGGAGAAAGGUUUUGAAGAUGAAGUAAAAAAGCUGCUGCUAUUCUUAAAGGGUUUUUCAGAGUCGGAGAGGAACAAGCUGGCUAUGUUGACUGGUGUUCUUCUGGCUAAUGGAACACUUAAUGCAUCCAUUCUUAAUAGCCUUUAUAAUGAGAAUUUGGUUAAAGAAGGGGUUUCAGCAGCUUUUGCUGUAAAGCUCUUUAAAUCAUGGAUAAAUGAGAAAGAUAUCAAUGCAGUAGCUGCAAGUCUUCGAAAAGUGAGCAUGGAUAACAGACUGAUGGAACUUUUUCCUGCCAAUAAACAAAGCGUUGAACACUUCACGAAGUAUUUCACUGAGGCAGGCUUGAAAGAGCUUUCAGAAUAUGUUCGGAAUCAGCAAACCAUAGGAGCUCGUAAGGAACUCCAGAAAGAACUUCAAGAACAGAUGUCCCGUGGUGAUCCAUUUAAGGAUAUAAUUUUGUAUGUCAAGGAGGAGAUGAAGAAAAACAACAUUCCAGAACCCAUUGUUAUCGGAAUAGUGUGGUCCAGUGUAAUGAGCACCGUGGAAUGGAACAAAAAAGAGGAGCUUGUAGCAGAGCAAGCCAUCAAGCACUUGAAGCAAUACAGCCCUCUACUUGCUGCCUUUACAACUCAAGGUCAGUCUGAGCUGACUCUGUUACUGAAGAUUCAGGAGUAUUGCUAUGACAACAUUCAUUUCAUGAAAGCCUUCCAGAAAAUAGUGGUGCUUUUUUAUAAAGCUGAAGUCCUGAGUGAAGAACCCAUUCUGAAGUGGUAUAAAGAUGCACAUGUUGCAAAGGGGAAAAGUGUCUUCCUUGAGCAAAUGAAAAAGUUCGUAGAGUGGCUCAAAAAUGCUGAAGAAGAAUCUGAGUCUGAAGCUGAAGAAGGUGACUGAAUUUUGAAACUACACCCUCAGUAAAGCAAACAGGAGUUGUAGAUAAAAUGUCAUGUCUCAUGUGUCCUGGUUCUUACAUCUUCCUACCUCCCUAUAUCAAGCAUGAUAUAAGGGCUUUCAUGGCAAAUUUUAUUUUAACUGUUUCUAUGGUUACUGGAAAUGUUGGCUUUAGUUUCUAAAACCAUGUUUGAGGUAGCUAUAGGAGCUAUAGAUUUGAAUCUAAUGUUGCAUUAGUCUUUUCAGUUAUCUUCUACCUCCUGUAUUUUCUACUGUAAUAAUGUAAUUUAAGGCCUUCCACAAUGAACAGUUCACUUUAUUCCCUGGGUUUUCUAUAUGAACAGUUUUCAAGAUAUGAUUUGGUUAAAAAUAAUUUGUUAUAAAAAUUCUGUUUGCAAAUUAAACUGUAAAAGUAUCCAAAGUCUCAGAAAGUAAUGAUUUGUGUCAUAAUUUGGUAUGCCCAAAGCCCUGCUCAUCAAUGAAAAUCUCAUAUACAGUAAUUGAAUUCAUUAACAUGAAUCUUGAGUAUUUGGACCAUUGUUUGCAUGUUAAUAUUUUCUUGCAUUUUUAACCCCAAAUGUGCUUGAGCCCAAUUGUUUGCUCUCUGAUUUUCAUUCCUUAAAAUGAAGCCAUGGAGAACAAACUUGAAAGUGAGGUCUUUGGGAAAUUGUAUGUGGCAGAGGUGGUGGGAAGAAGAAAAUAGAGCUUUUUCCCAUUGAGAAACUUCUGCAUUCAUUUUGUAUCUUUCCAGACAAAACAUGGGUAAUUCUUUUCAUACAACCAUCUUCAAAGAAAAGUCUUGUCGUUUAAAGUAUUAAAUUUAUCAUACACUUAGAUUGGUAAGAAAGGACUCAUAAAAUAGUGUGAGAAAAGCAAAUGACUGUACUAAACAACUAAAAUUGUUGAAAGAAAAGAAACAACUAAAUUGUUGUCAGCAUGUUCUAAUUGGGACUCUAAAUAUAACUCCCAUUUCCUGUUGGCUUAGAGUAUUUGUUGUAAAGAAUGAAGUGCGGUGAUAACUAUAUAUUCCUACUUGGUCAUACUGGACCAGCUUCAUUCUCUUCACAAAUUUCACUUAUGAUUUAAGCAUCUGGCUAUUAACUUACCUAGUUGCCAAUUUUUUAAAUAGCCAUGAGCCAAAUAUCUCUUCUAUACAGUUGAUCUAUUUAUUUUAAUGGUUGCCUUUUACUUUCCAUCUUUCUUUUCUUGCUGCUACCCAUCUUUAUAUGUAGUUGUUAGAAAAACAAAAUGUGGCCAGAUUUUUUGGUGGAAAGAAUUCAUGUUAAAAACGAGUAUUUUCACAGUUUUUUGAUUGUUGAAAGAAACGAGCUUGGAAUAAUACCACCAGAGACUGCAUGGAAAUCGCCCCUUUCAAAGGUGCCAUUCUUAAGAGCCAAGAAUUUCGUGUUUAAAAACUCAUCUUGAGGGAGUAACAUGUAAUAUAGUUUGAAAUAAAGGUAUUAUAACCUUAUGAAGAAGAGCAUUAUAACUGAUACCAUUGUGAGUGGGGUGAAAUUGUUAAAUGAAUAACUUUGAUAAAGCUUUCAUGCACAGGCAAAAUGUAUUCACUAGGUUUCUACAUAGUGAUCUGCUUUUACUUUGUAACUUGUAGUCCUUAAAAGACUUUUUUAAAAAAAAUAAAGUCCAUCCUUACACUUAGGUUUAUAUAGGUCAGUCUUCUUUUUUAAUUUUUUAUUUUUUUGUAAAUUCCAUGUUAAUACCUGGUGAUAACUGUAUGUUAUGCGUUCAGAUGUCUCUGCUGUAUAAGCAUUAAAUAAUUGCUCUUUUCAUUCUCAUGACUCCCAAACUGUAAACACCUACACGAAAUUCUGAUGUAGCGGAAGCCACAUUAACAUUUCUGCAACAAAUCAUUGCAUGUUACUGCAGUACAAAGUGUACCCUGUUUAUUAUAUACUGUGUAUAGUGAAAGAGUGUGUAGUCUUUGAGAACUACAUUAUGAUCUUUGUCUGAUCAUAGAGUUUUAUCCUUCAUAAUGAUAAAGUAGUGUUUACUUACUACAGUGUUUGGUAAAUGGGUAAGUCACCUGUGACCGUGUAGUGUAAAGAAAGGGAAUGCUUCCUAAAAAGACUUAAAAGAUUUUCAUUUUGAAUUUUAAGUGGCAGUUUGAAACAGCUACUAGUGCCAACUCAUGGCCUCAAAUAUGUAAUUCUUGGUACACAUGUUAAAACUGUACUUGUAAUUAUGAUUGGAUAAAUGUUGAUUGAUUUUCCUAACUUGGUGUCAGUUUCUAAGGAUAAGCCUCCUCUCAGAUGCCAUAAUUAAAUGUGUGUUUAGAGCUGAUCACAAGUUUCUUAAUUAUUCUGGGAGCAUUGUCCUAGAGACAUUUAUUAUGUUCUUAUGAAAACUCCAAAUACCAAAAAUGUCACAGGAUAUUUUGACAUAACAUAAUGAUGGUGGGGAAAGGAAAUGCAUGUGACUAAUUUACUUCUAAUUCAGUGUUUCUUAAAGCUUUUUCUCAUCAAUCCCACCAACGAAGCCUUUUAAAAACUUUUUUUUAAUAGUGCCCCAAUAAAUUUUAAUACAGGUAAGCUGUAUAUGUAUUGUAUCUGCUUUAUACAUGAAAAGAGUAAGGUUUUAUUGUCCUAGUUGGGGGUGAAACCACCCCCAUUCAGAAUGCAUGCCCUAAUAUAUCUUUUUUUAAAGGGGAGAGGACCUAGUGAUAAACUUUUGCAUUGGCAGACAUACUUUAUGUGUAUCCAAAUCCUGAAGCAUUUUUUUCUGCCAGAGUCACUGGCAAAUAGAGGAAGUUUGUCUUCUGCCAGUCACCGUCUUUUAACAGUUAGGCUCUACACCCUUCCCACCACAGGGAAGUCAGACAUGGCAUUUCCCAUUGGCUUUGGAGGUCUUGACAGAUUCUUACUUGAUUAUAAAUGGAUCAUAAACAGAAUCAUUCAGGUUCCUUCUCAUCUAUGAAAGUCAGUUAAAAUCGUAGGCAAAUGGUUUGUUCUAAUUGAAGUUCUUGGUUAUAACACUGAUAAAUGGUAUUGAAAUUUUACUGGUGAGUCUGCUGUCACAGUCAAGUAGGCUGAUGGCAGGAACUGAUAAGAACUGUUGGUUGGCUUUAAAUGUAACAUAAAUGCCAAAAGUUUUAGUGUAUAUUAUUAUUUAGACUACUGAAUUACCUUUGUAAAAAUGUCCUCAGAUGCUACUUACAGGUGCCAUGUAAAAUAGGCUAAUAAGCAUUUCUGUGAAAAUUCUGGUAAACUGCCAUGCUGAUUUAUUCAUGUAAAGUAUUAGUCCUCUAGUGUUGAUGUAGAGUAUGUCUAUUCAGCCUACUGAGGCCUAACGGUUUAAAAUACAUUAAGAAGUAAGUAGGCUUUAUUUAAGCGGAAUCCAGAAGAUACGAUAAAUGCUUUUGACGUAAAUAAUGAAUUUAUAAUUGGCCUCUGUCUAAAAACUUGAAUUGCAGUGGAUUUGUGCCUGAACACAAUCUUACACAAAAUUGUAUGAAACUUGGUGUGGAUCAGAAAGGCUUCCCUACUCCCUUUCCCUCCCCAUUUUUCCCUCUAACUAUGGACUAUUAGCGGCCACAUCAAAUCCAGGCAUUUUAAUUUUCCAAUACACUUAUAAUGCUUUUAUCCUUAUUCUAAGACUAUCGUUUCACUGCUUAAUGAAUUGAAAAAACAGGAUACUUUACAAAUACUUCACGCAAUCACUGUCAAUUUAGUAACUCCUCCCAAGCUCAACUGCUUGUGCCUGUUUAGUGCUCUAGAGACAGUGGCAACAACUGCUCAGUCCUCUGCUUUGUAGACUAUCUAGAGGGACCAAUAUCUUGUUAAACUAUAGUAUGUUCAGAAUGUUUAUGGUUGUAUUAGUGCAGGUUUAGGAACUAUGCAUUAAGUGUGUGUAAUGAAUUUGGGGUGCUACAAAGUUAUCAAAUAUAAUAGAGCUGUUUCAUUUCAGGGAAUUUCCAGUCAGUGUAACCAUUUUUAAAUACCUUAGGAUGAAAAUAGUUUAAACCAUUUUUUAAGCUGAAAUCCUGAAGGCUGUGCUUCAAGUUGACUCACAGGUAAACCUAUGGGGAAAUAAGUGACUCACUUACAGACUGAAGCCUCUGUUACUUCAGAAAGAUGUUCUACAUUCUCUGGCAUCUUAAGAAUAAAAUAUUAUCUCUGUAAAUACACCUCAUUUCCAUUCUAGUUAGGACAGAUGGAUCCUGGCAUGGCAAACAGCUGAAGAAUGAAGAAAACUGGAUAGCUGAUAAUCCAGCUAGUGCUUGGCUCUCUGGACAACCUCAAGUACAGCCACCCAAGCCAGUGAUUACAUUGCUGCAUUAUUUCUGUUUAACUGUGAAAUCUGCUUCUUAUCUGUACCCUUGAAAUUGAAUAAAAUUUCAUGAGACUCCUUAUUAAUGUAAAGAGAAAAGCAAUGUUUUGCAUUGGUUGUAUACUAAAAACCUGAGUGCAGGAUUGAGUUAAGGCUCAGUAAAUCCUGGUCCUUUCUGAUUUGCCUUGGUAUUAAAAUACCAUCAAACAA